AUGUUGGCGGAGGCGCAGGAGGUCUUGAAGCAAUUUCGUCAAGCCUUAAGUGGACUUAGGGAAAAUGACAAGAACAAAAUUAAUAAGCUCACCUUUUUGGCAAGGGACAACGCUCAUCUUACAGGUGUUCCCCAGGGUAUUGUCGAAGCCACUUCAUGUCAUGUGUACGAGAUCCCUGCAAGCUACAAACUGUUAGGAUUAUACGUAAUUGAUUCGAUCGUAAAAAACGUUGAUGUUCCCUACCGUCAAUUGUUCACCAACAACAUUGUUCCCCUAUUUGUGCAUUCUUUUCAAAUGAUUCGUGAUGAAGCCACUAGAAAACGGUUAUUUAACCUUCGAACUACAUGGAAAGAGAUUUUUCCUUCCUCAAUGAUGCGAAGCCUUGACAUGCAAGUCCGAGAACAUGAUCCGGCGUGGCCUAUUAUUCCAAUUGAUGAGGCACAUCCACCAAAUCGCAUUCCAUCGGUGCCCAAAAUUCCACAGUCAAAAUUGGUUGAAAAGCCUAUUCCUAUCGCCACAAGUCAGUUGACAACUCCUGUCACUGAGGCUGUAAUAGCGGAGGGUCGUGAUCCACGCCGUAAUCGAAAAAGGAAAUCCUCACCUGACAAUAGUGAAAGCCAGUUUCUUAUUGAUCGCGAUGGCAAUCGUAAAAUGGAGUCAAUUGCUAGGAAACAUGGUAAGGAGGAGAUGGCUAAAAUACCUAAGAAGUCCCGAACCUUGUUCAGUGUCAGAGAUCAGGACAUGCGUUCAGUUCAAUCUUCUAAGCCCCGUUCUCCCGAUGUUAAGCAAAGUUUUGUUAAGCAACAGGACGUUGAUAUGCGGAUAGGUGGUGCACCACCGGCGUCCACUGCUGUUUUGGGAGGUGGUUCAGUAAUUUCUGCAAGCACAACUCCUAUGAUUCCGUCCACCAAUUUGGUAUCCGCCCGUCUACCCCGUGUUGCGUCUAGUGAGUGUCUUUCCCAUGGGGCUUCACCAAAUCACUCACGUCCGCCUGUGCAACAACACCAAUCCCUGCCCCAACCGACGCAAGGACUCCCAUUACCUCAUUAUCACCGCGCUGGUCGUCCGCUGGGUCCCCAUCGUCCAAGCCCUGAGAGAACCUUGCCACCUCCCCCACCAUCAGUGUAUAGCCGUCCCCGAAACGUUCCCCCUAUAAGAGGUCCCAUGUGGAGCGUUGAAAUCGAUGGUCUUCCUGAGAUGAUAAAUAUUGGUAUUGACCCUCGAAUGCUGUCGCGUGUUCAGAAUCCAAAGAUGGCUCGACAAAUAACGGUUGAUGGUCGACAGUAUCCUUUGCUCCUUGAUCGCGUUCAACCAUUAAUCAAGGUUGAGGACCAGUUGCACGCUGUGCGGUUCCGGUGUGACAGUCUCGUUUUUCUUAUUGAUCAUCAGCGUUACGUGAUUCCUGGUACGGGUUAUACUAGGAUUAGAGCGGCUGGGCGGGAACGGAUAGCGUACCUUGGAGGCCCAGGUCAUGAAAUUGUCAUUGAUGGGCGACCCCACACAAUCCCCUUCAAUUCGCACUAUGCAACUAUAAAUAUUGAUCGUCAGACUGUUUCCGUAAUGUAUGCUUGUGAAUUCCCUCAAGAUGUCAACGUUCUUCCUGCUAUACCUCCAAAAAUUCUUGAUUGGGCUUAUAGAGGUCUGUUUGGUUCGCCGGGUAGUUUGCAUCUUGCUCCCCUUAAUCCCUUGGUGGAGUUGGAACGCCAAUCCGAAAAUCGACAAGAUUCUGUGAAGUCUGAGCAACAAGGACCCACCCACUUUCAUGGUCGCCAAUUACAAUCCUCCCAAAAACACGGUCACCUCGAUGACAAGUCUUCUAAGAAACCCGAUGCUUCGAGGGAGGUUCCUGCCCCCUCCGCUCCGCCGGUUAAUGUCCAAGAUUUGCUGCAAAAGCUGAUUGCUGCUGGCAUCGUUAACAAACCUGAGUCGCUUCCUAGUUUGGCGGAGUAUAAUUGGGAGAAAUUUCGCCAACCAUUUAGCCAAGAGAUUGAUGCCCUCUAUAGCGGCUUUCAGUGUGCCCAGUGCGGAGUGCGUUUUGAGAGUGAGAAGUCAUCGGACUUCGACGCUCACCUGGAUUACCAUUACGUUAAAAAUUCCGCUGAACACCGAGAGCACAGAAAUAGGACAUAUUAUCAGGCCUCUCAUUACUGGCUGUUGAGCGAAACUACCAAUGAAGGUGUGCCCCAAUUUUCCGUUCCCGUUAACACGGUCGAGAAAGAGGAGGUCAAGUGCCCUUCCUUUUCAGAUGAGAGUCUUAACGUAUGUGCUGUGUGUUUUGAAAAAUUUGACAAGGUGUUUGAUCGCGAUGAGGGUGAGUGGAUGCUUCGAGGUGCUGUUAUCGAAAACGGCAAGGCUUACCAUCCGAUAUGUCUAGAAGAUGUGGGUAAACAGUUUCCAGUGAGUUUCCAGAUCAUCAUGGUGGGAAUGGUCACAGCGGAGAAGGCCAAUUCACUUCCACAAGUGCCAUCUUCUGUUUCCGGGGGGGAGAACGAGUGCACAUCCCCGAAGAUCAAGGCGGAACAGAACAGCUCUGUGAGUCCUGUGCCGUCGUCGUCGCAGCUCUCUGUACCACUAAAAUCCGAGCCCCAAAUAAUAGAAACAAAAAAUGGUCUAGACGACUUGAAUUUUUCCUGUUCUCGCGACUCGCCCCAGCGUUCUUCGCCACCUCCGCGGGUCGCUAGUCUGCCAUGUGGAUUAUCCUCAAUGAUAACUGGAUCUGUGAAACCCAAAGAAGAGUCGGCUACAUUACCGCUACCGCCAUCAUCACUCCCAACUAAUCCCACACCUCUGCCAGUUAAACGCGAAUAUAAUGACGAUUCGGAGGGCAAGUUAGGCGCGACUAGUCCGCCCAUCGUAAAUAUUCCUGGUCUUUCGCCGGCUAGUUCAGGUAAUGGGAAUGACCAAGACGAGAGGACAAUCGGGGGGCUGGAUAGUGGUAACGAGGGUGGUAACGUGGCCACAGCCGCUAGUAUCUCCUCAAAUCCAGUGGAAGCCUUACAGGCAUUCUUAAGAGGCGAAACAUCAAUCCUUUAG